GUCCGCUGGGCCCGCACAAUCGUCAUCAGUAACAAGAAAAAACGCGGGAAGCGCUGAGUGAAAGCCGUGAAAGCGCUACGGACGGACACGGACAGCAAAAUCGGGUGGUGCUCUCAAGAUGGAAAAUACAAAGCAUGCUCUGCUGGAAUUGCUCUCCACCUUAAGCUGCGCGCAAUGCAAGGAGUUGCUGUCUGAGCCCCACGUCGUCGGACUCUGUGGUCACACCGUCUGCAGGCAGUGCAUUGCGAGUGCCGAGGCCUGUGGCAUCUGUGGUACACCAACGACGCACCGCGAAGUAAAACCGGAUCAUCAGAUAAAGAAUUUGAUCACCUGCACUGCACAGCUUAAGGAUUUGCUGUUCACACUAACCCCAGGUCCUGCUGUUACUUCACGGACCACAUCCCACAUCCCCGAGGUCGAGGAGAGGUCUAACAAUGCCAAGGAUGAGCGGCCACCCGAACAAGCCCCCAGCAAGGAUCCUCCGCCAAUGGCCCCCAGCAGUGCUGGAUCGUCGGACCGCCGGACAUCCAAAGGAACAACCAAUCCAGUCUCCAAGGCACUUGAAAAGCGCAACAAGCUGGGGGAGACCAUGCUUCAAGUGGCAGCCAUUAAGGGCAAUGCAGACCGGGUGAGGCAGCUGCUGGAGGAGGGGGCCGACCCGAACGUCAAAGACAACGCAGGCUGGACCCCCCUGCACGAGGCCUGCAACCACGGCUUCCGGGAGGUGGCACGCCUGCUGCUGAGCCAUGGCGCAUGCGUGGACGUGGCCGGGCCCGGAGGGGUGACCCCCCUGCACGACGCCACCGUCAACGGUCACCCAGACAUCGUGCUGCUUCUGGUGCGCUCCGGUGCCACUCUCGACGCCAAGACCAGUGACGGCCUCACAGCCCAAGAUCUGGCUCAGGGGGAGGUGAUGAGGGCAGCUCUCUGCACGGCCGUUCCGCCAAAGGUGGUCGCCCUCCGGUCUGGGGGUGUGGCAUCCGGCCCUCCCCCGGUGCUCCUGGCCUCUGGGCUGGACGAGGCCCAGUGCAGGGAUCUGGCACGCUGUGCAGAGAUGCUUGGCGGCAGCUGCCGCUCCUCCUUCUCCGAGGAAGUGAGCCACCUGGUGGUGAGCUGCGACGAGCGUGGCAACUGCCGGCAAAGGACCCUCAAGGUGCUGAGUGCCCUGGUCACCGGCACCUGGAUCCUCAGCUUCUCAUGGGUGGAGGCGUGCCUGCAGCAGGGGCGCAGGGUGGACGAGUUGGAGCACGAGGCCAAGGGCACCAGGCAGCACCCGGACAACGGGGCUCCUGCCAGGGCGCGUCUCCGCCGGGCAUCCCAUGCCGACCGCCUGUUCUCCGGCCUAAGUACGGUGCUCCAGGGGCCCUUCGCACGGGGACCGUCAAAGGACGACCUGGCGGCACUGCUUGGCCUGGGAGGGGCCUCCCUGCUCUCGCGGCCUCCGCCGGCAGACGCCGCCGGCGUGGUCCUCCUCGUGACGGAGCGGGAGGGACGUCCCGCUCAGCAGGGUGGUCGUCCGGGCGUCUUCGGCGUCGGGGCCCCCUGGCUCCUCGACUGCAUCUCCAAGUUCGAGGUCGACCUUCCUGCGUAGGCCCUCAGUCCGAGUUCAACGCGAGAAAGGGGGUAUCCGCCUUUCAUUCGUCGAACCAGCGGAGGAUAAAAUUAAAGAUUUUCCAUGUCCAACGCAUGCUCGACGUGCCAAACUGGGAGCAGCCAUGACGUGCGUCUCGUGGAGGAGUGACCUGGCGUGGGGAGGAGUACUCGAGGCGUAUGCCGUACUAGAUCCCGAACCGACGUGCGGGAUUGGAGCGGGCGAAAGUUACUUGAAUAGUCCCGGUGGUGUUCCGUUGUGAGCGAUUGCAUAGGUUCUGCAUACGCUCAGUUUUUUAGUUUGGAGUUUGGAGGCAGCAGGGAAAAAAUCUAUUGCGAGAUCCAACUUGGAAUAUGUAACAAAUCUGCGGUUUCUUGGCUCUUGCGGUGACCGGUCCGGUUUUGUAACAAAUCUGCGGUUUCUUGGCUCUUGCGGAUGAGCGGUCCGGUCCAAGACUGAGAGUCGUCGGUCAAGGACAGACGACAGUUUGCGGGACGACGAGGCACUUGAAUGUUUUUCUUCUGUUGCAUAUCUUGAUCGGAUCCAGUGUCUGCCACCUGAGCGACCGUGGAACGUGCAGCCGUCCACAAAACUAUUUCGCACAAUCCUUAAUAAAGAAAUUUUUGAAGUAUGGCAUGCUCGAAUAAUUGCUUUAUAAUUUUCAUUUACCAAAAUAGAAUUCCUAGCAUGCACAGCGCUCACCAAACUUAUCUGGAACACGCCAAUGGUGUCUUAUCUCAUGGGAGCAUCAUCCUGGCAGCAGCCAGAGAACUGCUUCAUGACGUAGUUCUCAACAAAACGGCCCGAGCAGGAGAGGCCGCUUGCUGGAUUGUGGAUGCCGCAACAAUUUUGCCGGCUGGCCAGUCCAUACUUGCCGCCACCUCUUUGCACAAUGCUGCAUAGGGAGCUGUCGAAACAGUCACUGAUUGCAUGGUUUGAUCGGUAAUCAUCUUAUGUCUCUUCCGGAUAAGGUGAGAAGCAUAGACCGCCUUGCAAGCAAAAUUGCCGCAAUGUCCCCAAUCCAGCAGCGAUCUUAGCCUGGAGCUAGCGGCUUCCUCUGCUCGGUCUGUUUCACCGAAUGCUACAUCCUGGAGCAGUUCUUCGACUGCCAUCAAGAUUGCGUUUCCAUGAGAUAAGACGUUGUUCGCACGUUCCUGAUAAGUUUGGCGAGCACCAAACGCCGCACGACACAGUUUAUGCAAACGGAACAUUGAAACUUCUUUUCGUUGUACAAUUGAAAUGGUGGUUGUGGGCACCAAACUACCUCUUACAUUACAGUCUGAAGUGACCACCUUCUAUUACGUCAAAGGGAAAAACUGCUCUUUAAAAAUACAAAAACAAAAAAGCACAUUUUUGAAAUUGUGUUUUUAAAGAUCGACAGGCACUUUCAUCGUGUCAUGAAUUAUUUUCAUGUAAUAAAUCUUUUAUAUUGAAA